AUGGUGAAGAGUUUCAUCCGGCAAGCUAAAUCGGAUAACGCUCGACUAGAGGCAGAAACAGCGAGGCUUGCUGGCGAGCAAGAAUGUUCAAUAGCACAGAUUAAAGCCAUGGAAGCUGGUGCACAGUUGAAGGAACAGCAGGGGAAGACAGACGCCAUCGUGAAGGCUCCUCCUCCUCCUCCUUCCUCGUCGCCGUCGUCUGAUGUUGUGGAGUUGACCAGUGACUCUGAGGCGAGUGCCAGAGAGGAUCCUCACUGUCGCUCGCGUUGA